AUGGAGGUGGUGAAGAGCCUCCUGAAGCCGAAGUCGACACCGCAGCAGCAGCUGCGCGAGUGGCAGCGCCGCCUCCGCAGGGCCGCAACAUCGAGCGCCAGAUCCAAGGUUCCCCUCCCCUCCCUCCCCGAUUCGAUCCAAUUUAGGGCUCUAGGCCUUCAAUUGGUUGCUGAUUUUUGGUUUUGGGGCCGGUGCGCAGACGUGCAGAAGGAGGAGAAGAAGGUGGAGAAGGCCAUCCGGGACGCCGCCAAGGCGCUGGCCAAGGAGCUGGUGCAGUCCAGGAAGGCGGUCAACCACCUCUACGAGAACAAUGCCCAGCUCAACUCCAUCUCCAUGCACCUCGGAUGCUGCGAUCGACGGCCUGAACAGCAAGACCCACAUGAAGAUCCUGCUGAAGUGGAUGUGGGGCAGGAGGAUCAUCAAGCUCUUGUGCACGUAGCGAGGAGUUGCUCUUCGCCUCGCCUUGCGCUGAUGAAAAAUACAAGUGCUUUCGUUGCUAAUAAUACACGCAUGCUCCACAACUAAUACAGAAGAUGCAUUUCCAUCCCAUCUAGUAGGUGCUGACUCGAUGCAAACAAAUAAAAUAAAAUUAGUAGGUGUUAUAUGCUGAACGAUGCUAGCUGUUGUACCAACGUGAUGUUGCUUGCUUGAUUGAUGACUGCUUGUCAUUAACUAGAAAAAAGAAGAAGAAAACUUUGUCUAUUUUAUUUGAGGAGAAUCCUGUAUCCCAUUCACUAGACAACCAAUACUACUGCUUGUAUUUGCAUGUUUGCAUGCUUGCUUGCUUGUAGCACUAUCAAGUGUGAGGAAAUUCAGUACUAGGAUGUGUGGAGCGACAUGAAUUCAUUGCUGCCGUGGUAUCUGUAUUCCAUUAUCCAGAUGAUUGGGCCAUGGAAGUUAUGCAUGGUAGCAUACAGGACGUCUUCCUUUUUAGCCUCUAGGCUGGCGCAUGUUGCCUGUUAUUAGAGUAGGUAGCUAGAUAAUAUCUACCUUGGUUUUCAUGAUGCUCUGUAUGGUUGCCAUGUUUAGAAUAUAUCCACCUCCUUGUUGUGAUUGCAAUAACAUGAUUAUAAUAUGUUAACUAGUUUCUAGUUUAGUAUUCGAGGUGAAAUGCUUGGAACAUCUGUGUAUACAUGCAGUAUUCAUCAGCUCAGCUCAGUGACAUGCUCUUAUACACAUCUACACAACUUUUGAGAUCUUUUUAAUUAAUGUAAUUGUGGAUGGAUUCUUAUUACAGUAAGACACGUGGUAUGGGAGCUGGGCGCAAGCUCAAGACCCACCGCUGGAACCAGAGGUGGGCUAACCAGGCAUACAAGAAGAGCGACUUGGGCAAUGAGUGGAAGAAACCCUUCGCUGGAUCUAUACAUCAGCUCCCAUGAUGUUGCAUUAGCUAUAAUCUAUACUGCUAAAAGAGGAGUAUAAACUGGAGUAAUUUUUUCAGCCAUUAUCUUUGUUUUCUUUUGGGCUGAUGCUCUCCACUGGAGUACAGCUGGGUACUGGAUCUCUUUUUGCAUUCCUUUUUUAGUCAGUCCUUGAACAUUUUUUAAAAGAUGAACUGGAGUACUCCUGGAGAGCAGUACAUGGAGUAUAGCUGUAACUUCUUGCAGUAUAGCUUAGCAGUCCAUUAAGAGUAGUUUUGCAUCAGUAGCAUUAGGAGUGUGAUGUGGAGGUAAGAGUGGAGUCUCUACUCUAGAAAGAGGGCUCUGACUCGCUGUUUAGCCCAUUUGAUUUCUGUGGUUUCCAGUUUAGUGUAGGAACACAGAGCAAUGUGGCUGGAGUUUGAUCUUCAGUCGGUAUAGUCUGCCUAUGCUACUGAUUUGUUGCACGUAAUUAGAAUUUGUAGGUUUAGCCUAUGCUACUGAUUUGUUGCACGUAAUUAGAAUUUGUAGGUUUAGUAUGAACGUUCCUUAAUCCAUUGGA